UGGCGUACGAGGCGUGCUAUAGUGUCCUCUUGCAUCUCCAUCUCUUCCACCCAGCCCACCCCAGCACCCCCCACUGUCCCGCCAACGCGUCGUGAAUAAACAGCACCGCCCCUGAAUUCUCUUUUCUCCCGCGAGUGCGCGACCGCAAAUUCACAACUCUUUUUCUCUCUCGACUUCAACAUCCUCCCCUCUUCUCCGCCCCUCCCCUCCCCUCGAUCCCCUGCCUCCUCCCCCUCCCUCCUCGCGUUUCCCCCUCUUCCCAGCUCGCCACGUGCGCCGUGCCCAUUGUCACCCUCAUUGUAGUAAACCACCGAAGGCCGAAGCACAAACACCCUCUCCCCUUUCAACUCUCAACCAUAAUCACAACCUCACCCGAAGGGCAACGACAUCAUGUCCCGCCCACAUCUCCAAGGUCAGGUGUCUUUUCAAGACGCUGUACCGCCCUCUCGCCGCGCGGGGCGUGACGAUGUCCCUCCCCGUCCGCCGGCAAAGACUGACAAUUCCAAAAACUCUCUUCACACGACCGAUACCGUCCAGUCUGUCGGUACUGGCGGGUACGCCAACCCUGCGCUGGGGUACGAUGAAGGAGGAUACAUGGAAGCAGGAGCAUCCAACCCCGGCUUCUCAGCCGCAGGCGAUAUAAGGAGGAAGAAGAGCAUGGUCAGGCCGGAAAGAGAGAGGAUUGAUCCCAAUCACCGCUUGUGGCAUUACCGGGAGCAUGCAGCAGAGGACCAGGUCGACAUCCAGCCCAGUUCUACUGGUAACCAACCGUACCAUCUGCGGAACAACGGCGGUGCCAAUCUCCGACGAGGCAAAUCCCUGCUCGCCCGUGAAACAGAAGACAUUGACGAUAGCUCGGGUCUCAAUCUUUUCAAACGUGGUGCCACCAUUCGUCGAAAGGCGUCACGAGCUGCACCCCGGCAAGCGCCACCCAGCGGCGCGCAAUCCAACCGCGCGGGCGCUGGUGCCACCAAGCCCGACGAAGCCGAUGUCGGUUGCUGUGCUUGUUUGGGAGAUUUUGCCCCCGGUCCUAAAGAUUGCUGGAUGACCUACUGCUACCUCAUCACCAUCUGCAUUCCCGGCUUUGUCAUCCGCGGCAUCUUUGGCAAAAAGACUCCAGAUGCCCAACGCGCCUGGAGAGAAAAGAUGGGUAUCGUCAGUAUUGUGGCCUACCUCAUGACCUUUGUUGGUUAUAUCACCUUCGGUUUCACCCAGACUGUCUGUGGUGACACCGAUCUCCGAAUUGUGGGAGGCCAGGCCAGUUCAGGUUCUCUUGUCAUCAACGGUUACGAUUACGACUUCUCCACCUGGUCGCACCCUGAAGCUGGCUCCCUCUUUAAUGGUUCUACCAGUCCGCUCUAUAUGGACGAAUAUAUGGCUGGUGGAAUGGACGCCAGUUUCAUGUUCCAAAACGUCAACGAGCACUGUCUCAAUAUCAUUACCCCCGCGUCCGAUACUGGGAUCGACUACUCUGGUUCUUCCAUGGGAUGGUACUUUCCUUGCAACCUGCAUGACCAGAAUGGCACCUCUGCUGUCAACUUGACUGGCUAUACGAGCAGCUACCAGUGUCACACAUCGUCUACCGCCCGAGACGACUUCAAUGCCAUCGUGCCUACUGCCGAAAUCUACUACACUUGGGACAGUGUCAAGAGCGAGGAUCGUAACCUUGCUGUCUACAAGUCCGCUGUCCUCGACUUGAGUCUUUUGCAGUGGCUCGACGACAGUGAAGUCAGCUACCCUGCCUUUUUCGACACAAUCAAGACCAGAAACAGCUCGUAUGCCGGCAAAGAUAUCACCGCCCUCAUCGAGAGAGCCGGUAUGACCACCAUUGGCCAAUGCCUCACGGACGUUGUUCAAGUCGGCUUUGUUGACAGUAUAUCCAUCGGUUGUGUUGCGUCCGACAUUGUUCUCUACGUGUCGCUCGUCUUCAUUCUGGGUGCCGUCUUGAUCAAGUUUGGUAUGGCUGUCGUCUUUGGCUGGUUCCUGAGUUGGCGAUUGGGCAACUUUACUGGCGAAAGUUACCAGGAGAGAAUGAAGCGAGCGGCGGAAAUUGAGCAAUGGACAGACGACAUUUAUCGACCUGCCCCUGGCUACCUGCGUCCCAAUGCGACCACAGGCAACGGUGCAAAGGCUGGUGGCCUCAAGAAGCCUUUCCUGCCUACCACCUCCCGAUACAGUACUGCCGCGCAAUUGCACGUCUCUUCAAACUCGCGACCAUCAACCGCAUACGGCAUGCUUGGUGAGAGGGGAAGGCAAACUUCCAGCGUCUACGGCAACAAACUCGGCCCGCCCACCCUCCACACGACACCCCCUGGUUCUCCCCUCUUGCGAAAUUCUCGAAGCUCGACAUCUUUGCCCUUCAGGGACGAUUCUCACAUGUCGUUGUCUGGAGAUUCGUUCGGCAACCAGAGCCCUUGCCCCUUCCCUCUGGGCAAUGUGGUCCCCCAGCCUGCCGCCGACUUUGAGCCCUUCAACUACCCCCUCGUUCACUCGAUCCUCCUCGUCACUGCCUACUCUGAAUCCAUUGACGGUCUUCGUACCACUAUUGACUCUCUGGCCACCACCGACUAUCCCAACUCUCACAAGGUGCUUCUUGUCAUCUGUGAUGGUAUGGUGCGAGGUUCGGGUUCAAAGCAAUACACUCCGGACAUCGUCUUGGGUAUGAUGAAGGAGUUUAUCAUUCCUCCCGAGGAGGUUGAGGCGCAUUCGUAUGUCGCUAUCGCCGAUGGUCACAAGCGUCACAACAUGGCCAAGGUCUACGCUGGCUUCUACGACUACGACUCGAGCACCGUUGAAACCUCCAAACAGCAGCGAGUACCCAUGGUCCUCGUCGCCAAGACUGGUAACCCUCUCGAGGCCAAUGAUGCCAAACCCGGUAACCGAGGAAAGCGUGAUUCACAAAUCGUUCUCAUGAGUUUCCUCCAAAAGGUCAUGUUUGAUGAGCGUAUGACGACGUUUGAAUACGAAUUCUUCAACUCUCUCUGGCGAUGUACGGGUGUCUCGCCGGACAGGUAUGAGACUGUCCUCUGUGUCGAUGCCGAUACAAAGGUCUUCCCGGAUUCAUUGACGAGGAUGAACGCUUGUAUGGUCAACGACACUGAGAUUAUGGGACUUUGCGGUGAAACCAAGAUUGCCAACAAGUCUGAGACUUGGGUUACCAUGAUUCAAGUCUUUGAAUAUUACAUCUCUCACCAUCUUACCAAGGCCUUCGAGUCCGUCUUUGGUGGUGUCACAUGUCUCCCCGGUUGUUUCUCAAUGUACCGAAUCAAGGCGCCCAAGGGCGACCGUGGUUUCUGGGUACCUAUUCUUGCCAACCCCGACAUCUGUGAACACUACUCCGAGAACGUCGUCGACACUCUUCACAAGAAGAACUUGUUGCUUUUGGGUGAAGAUCGAUAUCUCUCUACCCUGAUGCUCAAGACCUUCCCCAAGCGAAAGAUGAUGUUCUGUCCCCAAGCGGUCUGCAAGACUAUCGUCCCCGAUACUUUCCGAAUCCUCUUGUCUCAGCGUCGACGAUGGAUCAACUCCACAGUCCACAAUCUGUUCGAGCUCGCGCUUGUCCGAGAUCUGUGUGGUACCUUCUGCUUCUCAAUGCAGUUUGUCGUCUUUAUGGACUUGGUCGGAACCCUCGUUCUUCCCGCCGCCAUCAGUUUCACCCUGUAUAUCAUCGUCGUCUCGAUCAUCCCUCAAUCUGUCACCGGUAUCCCCAGGCCUACCAUCUCCCUCAUUCUGCUGGCCUUUAUCCUUGGUCUGCCGGGUGUGUUAAUUGUUAUCACCUCCAGAAAGGUCGCCUAUGUCGGAUGGAUGUUGCUGUACUUGCUCUCGCUCCCCGUUUGGAAUUUGAUCCUCCCCGGAUACUCUUACUGGCACAUGGACGACUUCUCCUGGGGUGAGACUCGUAAGCUCGAGCUCGGUGAAGGCCAGAAGGAGGCCGAUCAUGGUGCCAAGGAAGGUACUUUCGACUCGAGUCACAUUGUCAUGAAGCGAUGGGCCGAGUUUGAAAAGGAGCGAAGGUGGAGGAACGGGACACUCGAGAGGGACUCUCAGUACUAUGAUGUUGUGCAAAGAGCCAACUCUCCACGCAAUGCCGCCUUGCCUUCUAAUCGUUAUUCUCUUGUGUCUACCAGCGAGACGUACAAUAGCGGAUUUGGCACUCAGGAGAGCAACCCACUUUUCCGACAAAGCCAGAGCUUUGCUUCGAUGAGCCAAGCUGCUCCUAGUCCGGAACACAAUUACGGCGAGGUUUCCCAGCUCGCUCUUCCACCUGCUCGAGGCGCUCCUGGCCGUGAGCACUCACCUUCGUCCACCGAGUCCGGAACGUCCAAUGCCCUUGGACAAGGAUCCGACCCAUCAAGCUCUAGCCACGCAGACCCUUACUCGUAUCAGUCUUAUGUGAACGAAGGAUACCCCGACGAGGCUGAGCAGCCCAUUCUCAACAACGACUACCUUCCUGCCUCUCCUCCUGAGCCUGUUUAUAGGACAGGGUUGCAGCCAUCACAAUCGCAAAGAGGAGUAUCGUUGGUGGAUACGGGACCCGUAAGAACUGCUGGGAAUAACGAUGCUGUCCGUCGCGUCUCUCGGCACAACAGGCGUAGUUCGUCAAAGAACCAGCUUGUCAGUCCCAUUUCGUCGGGUGGGCACAGUUCCGUCCUCCCCCCUGGUGCUGCGCCACCGCAAUAUUAAUCUGUUCUAUACGUUAUGAUGGACCUUUUGGCUCCGAUUUUUCACGAGUUCUAAAACAAUUUUGUUACGACGCAACGCCGAGCUUACUACAGAUACAUGAUAUCUUCUCUUCGAUCUUUUCGGUCCUUUUUGAAGGCCUAUCUUUUCCCUUCCUCUAUGGUUGUCUAUCAACUGUGGUUAUGCCUUUGCCUUGUGGAUUCCCUCUCAUAGUAUAUGUAUAACCGAACGGACAUGAAUCGAAUCAUAGACA